UGCAUGCAGAUAAAAAGGAGCAAGUGCUCUAUCAGAACCCAAUUGCUGAGCCAGUUGCCACCUGUGUUCCAGGAGCCCAACCAGCCAUGUCCUCCCCUGCACAGCCUCAAGUCCCUGCGCCUCUGGCCAACUUAAAGAUUCAACAUACAAAGAUCUUCAUAAACAAUGAAUGGCAUGACUCUGUGAGUGGCAAAAAAUUUCCUGUCCUGAACCCUGCAACUGAGGAGGUCAUCUGCCACGUGGAAGAAGGGGACAAGGCAGAUGUCGACAAAGCUGUGAAGGCUGCACAACAGGCUUUCCAGAUUGGCUCCCCAUGGCGCACCAUGGAUGCUUCAGAGAGGGGGCGCCUGCUGAACAAGCUGGCCGACUUAAUGGAAAGAGAUCACCUGCUCCUGGCUACAAUGGAGUCAAUGAAUGCUGGGAAAAUCUUCACCCAUGCCUACCUGUUUGAUGUAGUCACCAGCAUAAAGACAUUAAGGUACUUUGCAGGCUGGGCUGACAAGAUCCAUGGCAAAACAAUUCCAUGUGAUGGAGACCUUUUCACUUACACAAGACGUGAACCUAUUGGGGUGUGUGGCCAAAUCAUCCCUUGGAAUGGUCCAUUGAUUAUGUUCAUUUGGAAGAUCAGCCCUGCCCUUUGCUGUGGGAACACGGUGAUUGUCAAACCAGCCGAGCAAACUCCUCUCACUGCUCUUCACAUGGCGUCUCUAAUAAAAGAGGUAGGAUUUCCUCCUGGUGUGGUGAACGUUGUCCCUGGCUAUGGACCAACUGCAGGGGCAGCCAUCUCAUCUCACAUGGACAUCAACAAAGUGGCCUUCACAGGAUCAACAGAGGUUGGCAAAUUAAUCAAAGAAGCUGCAGGGAAAAGCAACCUGAAGAGGGUCACCCUGGAGCUUGGGGGAAAGAGCCCUUGCAUCGUGUUCGCGGAUGCUGACUUGGACGCUGCUGUUGAGUUUGCACACCAAGGAGUGUUCUUCCAUCAGGGUCAGUUAUGCGUUGCAGCGUCCAGGCUUUUCGUUGAGGAGUCAAUUUAUGAUGAAUUUGUGAGGCGGAGUGUUGAACGGGCCAAGAAAUACGUUCUUGGAAAUCCUCUGAACUCAGGAAUAAGUCAAGGUCCUCAGAUUGACAAGGAACAACACAAUAAAAUACUUGAUCUCAUUGAGAGUGGGAAGAAAGAAGGAGCCAAACUGGAGUGUGGUGGUGGACGCUGGGGAAACAAAGGCUUCUUUGUCCAGCCCACGGUCUUCUCCAAUGUUAAUGAUGAGAUGCGCAUUGCCAAAGAGGAGAUAUUUGGACCAGUGCAACAGAUCAUGAAGUUCAAGUCCAUGGACGAUGUGAUCAAGAGAGCAAACAAUACUACCUAUGGCCUAGCAGCAGGAGUCUUCACGAAAGACCUGGACAGAGCCAUAACUAUGUCUUCUGCUCUGCAGGCAGGGGUAGUGUGGGUGAACUGCUAUUUGUUUCUCUCUGCCCAGUGCCCUUUUGGUGGAUUCAAGAUGUCUGGAAAUGGGCGAGAACUGGGUGAAGAAGGUGUUUAUGAAUACACUGAGCUCAAGACAGUCGCAAUGAAAAUAUCUCAGAAGAACUCAUAAAGAAGCCAGCAGAGU